AUGACUACAUGGUUCAAGAACCGGCGGGCCAAAUGGAAGAAGCAGCAGCAGCAGCAAAUGCAGCCACAGCUAUCGCUGGGAGCAUCAAGCCAGACUAUUUCAGUGAAGGAGGAGACUCCCUCAGCCGUAACUACUGCAGACAUUCGUCCAAUAAGUCCUAGAAUCUCUGAUGUAAAUGACCAUGAUCUACAUGAGCCUUCUGGUGUCAGGAAUCCUGGAGAAGCUGGCGCCUCUGUGAGGGAUUCAUGCUGGCAUCCUCAGUCACAUGAUAUUGAACAGAUAUGUCUGGGGGCUUCAAAUCUUCCUUGGGCCUCCUCUCCCUAUGAAAUAGAUGAAUUUGUAAAGAUCUAUGACCUGUCAGAGGCAGAUGACACCAGCAGCCUAAAUCAAUAUCUUUUUCUCCCAGUGUGCCUGGAGUAUGACCAGCUCCGAUCUUCAGUGUAA